AUGCAAUCUGCACUCCUGCUCCUCGCUCUGAUCUCCUGUGCUUUGGCAUGUGAUAUUAUUGUCCACGUCAAAUCGGACACUGACAAGAAGUUCGGAGCUCAAGUGACGGCCAGCAACGGAAAGAAGAGCGAAAAGUGGUCAUAUUCGAAGAAACUCCAGAAGAACACAUUCCAACAGAAAGCAGACGAAUGCGGCUUGAAGGAUUGGGAGAUCGCAACUUUCGAUGAGGCUGGCAAACCUGCCCAUACUGUAAAGGUAACACUGGACGGUAUCGGACGUGUCACCUACAAGGUUGGUGACGACUUGAAACCAGUUCAGAAGGACCGUCAGGGCGCGAUUUGCAAAGGAGAAUGCGCACCGCUGUAA